AUGGGUUAUCUGUGCCCUUUACAUGCUGUAGAAAUGGCUCUUCUCCGUUUGGCGGAUGUGGUGGCGAAGGAAUAUGUGAAUGAAGCCAUGAGACUUAUGGAGAUGUCAAAGGCUUCCUUAACUGAAGAUGAAACUGAAACAAGGACUGUAAAUCCAGUUGAUGCUAUUUAUGGAAUUAUAAAAGAAUUGGCUGGGAAUGCUAGCAGUGUGAAACUUUCAGAUGCACAGCAACGAUGUUUGACAAAGGGGUUCACGCCGGAUCAAUUUGAUGCCUGUCUUGGGGAGUAUGAAGACUUGAAUGUUUGGCAAAUCAAUUCCAACAGGACCACGAUCAUCUUUGUUCAGUGAAAAAUGUGA